CGGACCGAAGAAACCCUCCCCACUGCUCGCCGCCGCCUCCGCCUCCGCCUCCGCCUCCUCUUCUCCCCUCCGCGGCCGGCGGCUUCUCCCCAAACUCAAAAAAGCUAGGGUUUCUCUCUCCGCACGCGAGGCAAGAUGAGCCGCAGCCUGGGAAUCCCGGUGAAGCUGCUGCACGAGGCGGCGGGGCACGUGGUGACCGUGGAGCUCAAGACCGGCGAGGUCUACCGGGGCUCCAUGAUCGAGUGCGAGGACAACUGGAACUGCCAGAUCGAGAACAUCACCUUCACCGCCAAGGACGGCAAGGUGUCGCAGCUGGAGCACGUCUUCAUCAGGGGGAGCAGGGUCAGGUUCAUGAUCAUACCCGACAUGCUCAAGAACGCCCCCAUGUUCAAGCGCCUUGAGGCCAGGAUAAGGGGCAAGGGGUCGGCCAUCGGUGUUGGCCGUGGGCGCGCCGUCGCCAUGCGUGCUCGGGCUGCUGGUGGUCGUGGAGGUGGUCCUCCCGUUGGAGGAGGACGGGGCGGUGCGCCACCCGUGAGGAGAUAGAUCUGUCCAGGAGCUCGCUGUCUUUGCUAUCCAAAAACUCCUGUGCCAGCUUAGUUUGCUGUGUGCGUGCAAUCUGUUUUCCCCUCUGGUGUAUUUUAACAUGAUGUUGUACUGUUGUUAGUUAUAUGCAUAUGAGACUCUGUAGGUUGAGACUGUCGUUGGAAUGGAUCAUAUCUCCCCUGUGUC